UGUAGUUGGAAAUGAGGUAUCUGUCUUGGAGUAGUCGACUUUUUAAAAGCAUCGGCAGCCCAUGAUAUGACGACUUCACUGGUCCUGCAUCCACGCUGGGCAGACACCUUGAUGUACGUUUAUGAAAAAAGCCCGAAUGAAAACACUCAGAAUAAAAACCAAACCAUGGAGGGACUAAGCGGGAACUGUCCUGCAACCCACUGCAGGGACCUCAUCUCACACCCUGCGCUAGGACGACAUUCUGGUUCCAUAGCGACUCACCAGGGAUCCGUUUACUCGGAUAUAUCUUCCCCAGAUAGCGGCCGACAGUGCCCCGGUCCUCAGUCUUCAUCUAGUGCCUCUCUGGGCUACGGCUACCCUUUUGGAAACCCUUACUACGGGUGCAGACUAUCUCAUUCGCACAAUGUGAAUUUACAACAGAAGCCUUGCUCUUAUCAUCCAGCUGAAAAAUAUGUCGAGCCCAACACGGCGCUGCCCUCAGAGGAACUCUCAAGCAGGGCAAAAGAGUUUGCGUUCUAUCCAAGCUUCGCCAGUUCUUACCAAGCUGUACCGGGAUACCUAGACGUGUCAGUGGUUCCUGGUAUUAGCACACAUCCAGAACCACGACAUGACGCAUUGAUUCCCGUGGAAGGUUAUCAGCACUGGGCGCUAUCAAAUGGCUGGGACGGCCAGGUAUAUUGUUCUAAGGAACAAACACAAUCCACUCAUCUUUGGAAGUCUCCCUUUCCAGAUGUUGUUCCUUUGCAGCCCGAAGUCAGCAGUUAUCGUCGUGGUCGCAAGAAGCGUGUCCCCUACACCAAGUUACAGCUAAAAGAACUGGAAAAAGAAUACGCAGCCAGCAAAUUCAUCACCAAAGACAAGAGGCGACGUAUCUCCGCCACAACUAACCUCUCAGAGCGCCAGGUUACCAUCUGGUUCCAGAACCGCCGGGUGAAGGAGAAGAAGUUCGUCAGUAAAUCCAAGACAAAUAAUCACAUGCACACCACCUGAUGAUUGGCCCCAUCACUUUGUCAGCACCAUGUAACACGCCUGUUUGUUCUAAAAGUCUGAAAUGUACCUCCUUUUUUCUUAUCAUGUAUGAAGAACACUUGAGACAAUUUCCACUUACCCACCCUUUCUUGAAUACUUUAUUUAAUUUCAAAUCAGUGCACACCACACAUUCUUCAUAAGUGUAUGGCCUAAGCUGUGAAAAUAAUUGUCAUGUUAAGUCUUUUUAUAUGAAUGUACAUAUAUAAAUAUAUAAU